AUGGCCCCUGAUCUGAAUUUCUCCAAGGUAGCUGAUACCAUCAAAUCCAUUGUGAUCCCUGAUGAUUCGGCCUCCAAGGAGUCGGGUGACAAUGUUCAAGCUUCCUACUUCAAGUUUUUAGCGGCCAGCGCAGACGACGACUCGGACUCUGACACUGAGAUUGACGACGAGUCGAUGUACUCGGUUUCUACCGCAAUUGACGACAAAUUGGAUCCAGAAGCAGAAGCGGAGAACCUGCGCUCCAAGCUGCGAACCAUGAUGGCGCCUGGGGACGAAUACGACGGGUCUGUGCAAAUCACUGAUAUCGUUCGUGAGCGUCUGGGCGCAACUGGUCAAGAGAAAUUGCUUGGCCAAAUUCCCGCCUGGCAACUUACCGACGUACUUUGCCAGGGCAAGUCACUGCUCUCUGCCAACAAUAUUUACUUUUACGCUCCAUUGCCUUAUACUGGGUCCCGUGUAAUUAUGGAAGGUACCCUUCGGAAGCGCUCCUCUAAGGGUAUGGGCUUUACCCGUUAUUGGUACAUUCUCCGUCACGAUGCUCUUGCCCACUAUAAUUCCGCUGCAGACCCUUAUUUCCCUGCUGGAAUUAUCCCGUUGUACAACGUCAAGUACGUUGAUCAUCAGCCCAAGGAAAAUGGUGAGCCGAGCAGCUCGAUUUACAUUGUCAUGAACGAUGAUGAAACUGUUCACCUAAAGGCGGACUCUCCUAACUCCGCACAUGAAUGGGCUAAGGCUAUCCAGAAAGCUAUUUUUGUUGUGCGCAAUAAGGGUGAGUAUGCUAAGGUCGUGAUUCCGUUUGAAAAUGUUUUGACUGUAUCUAUCGUGCCGGUUUUGGACGUCGCCAAAAGCCUUCGCCUGGUGUAUAUUCCUGGCCCUGGCCUCAAAGCUCAAGAGACUGUCAUGUUAUUCUUUAGCAGGGGCGAAGACGCAUUUAAUGCCUUGGUGAAAUACUGGAAGCUCAAGGUCGGUGAGGAUAAAAUUCAGACUGCUGGUGGACCGGAAAAACUGGCCCUCAAGAACCAAUCAAUUACUGUCACCAAGUCUGUGUUCAACUCUACUUACUUUUCCGGUCGUUGCCACAAACUUCCAGAGCACAUCACUGAGCAGCUUUUCCGUGCCCCCAGGGACGAUCCCUCGGCCACUACCAUGAUCUCGCAAAAGAUUGUCGACACUGGUACAUCGGUAGUUUCAGGUACCAGCAGUGUUGUCAAAGGUAGCUUGGGACUGUUCAGUUUGCACAAGGUAGUUGGAUCUCACCUUAAGCAGGCUGCUACUGAAUGGAUUCCUGAACGAGAAAAGUCGAUUUCUGCUAGUCAAUCUGAGCGCCCCUCGGUUUCAGGUAGUCCGGUGCUUUCUCCUCAGAUCACCAGUGAUGUUGAUAUUGAUGAAGCGGUAAGGCGAGCUGCUGCUGAAAGGUCAGGUAUGGAGGACACGGACUUUACUGGCUCUGCAAAGGCUAUGCUCAGCCGCAUUUUCAACGCAUCUGCCAGCAUUGCUUAUUCUGUCACCGAUACUAAAUGCAAUCCUGAAGAGGACAUGCACGUUAUCACGGAUGAUGAGCGUGCUGAAGCCAAUGAGCGUUUCCAGAGCCAGUUCUCCUUCAGCCGUCGUAUCAGCUUGCUUUCGUACUACAAAUGUUUGCUGCAACGGGGUAAAGGCCAGGCAAUGUCCGGUCUUAUUUUCUUGACGAACCGAUAUGUUUGUUGGCGUCGCGCUGUCGUUACCUCGAAAACCCGCAUGAUUCUGCCCAUUGACGAUGUUCAAUCUGUCGAGAUCUGCGAGAAGUCCAAGUUCGGUAAUUUUGGUGUCCAGCUUCAUAUUCGCGGCUCCGACCCCAUAUAUACUGAGUUGACGACCAAGGAUGCCUGCGAAUCUUUUGUUAAGUGUCUAACCAAACUAAUGGAGGAAGAGGCCGAGCACAGCAAGAAUCAUACCGGUGAUUCUAGUGACUCUUUAGACUUUGUCCGUUACCAGCUAAUUCAGGCUCGUUUAGCCACUUAUGAGGAUCAUCUUAGUGACAAAGUCCAGAUGCGUAUCCCUCCGUUGGUUGUCGAUCCUUACUCCAGGGAGACUAACGAGUCGUUCUUGGUGAAACCUCAGGAGAAGUUACGUAUCACCAUUUUGACCAUUGGUUCCCGUGGUGAUGUUCAGCCGUAUAUCGCUCUGUGCCAGGGUUUGAUGGCUGAGGGUCACAUCUGCCGUAUUUGUACCCAUGCCGAGUUCCGGGACUUUGUGGAAGGUUACGGUAUCGAGUUCCGGGAAGUCGCUGGUGAUCCGAAAGCUUUGAUGCAGAUCAUGAUUGACCAUGGGUCUUUCAGUUUGUCUUUCCUCAAGGAGGCAGCCAGCAAAUUCCGUUCUUGGGUCACCGAGCUUCUGGAGUCUGCGUGGGUAGCCUGCCAGGAUAGUGACGUGCUUAUUGAGAGUCCUUCCGCUAUGGCUGGUGUGCACAUUGCUGAAGGUCUGGGAAUCCCCUACUUCCGUGCAUUCACAAUGCCUUGGACACGUACUCACGCCUAUCCUCAUGCUUUCAUUGUGCCUGAUUCUAACCUCGGUGGAUCUUACAACUACAUGACCUAUGUUAUGUUUGAAAACAUGAUGUGGCGUGGUACCUCCCACCAAAUCAACAAGUGGCGUAAAAAGACAAUCGGUAUUCGCGGUACUAGCCUCGAAGGUAUGCGUCAACAGCAGAUUCCGUUCUUGUACUGUGUCAGCCCUCACGUCCUUGUUCCCCCCAUCGACGAGCCUGACUGGGUGCACUACACUGGCUACUGGCAGCUUGAACAAGAUGAUACGUACAAACCUCCUGAGGAGUUGGUUGCUUUCAUGAAGAAAGCUCGCGAUGAUAAAGUGCCUUUGGUCUAUAUUGGAUUUGGUUCUAUUGUUGUUGAUGAUGUCGAAAAACUUACGAACGAUGUCGUCUAUGGUGUCGAGAAAGCCAAGGUUCGUGCCGUUGUUGUCAAGGGAUGGGCCGAGCGCAGCUCGGAUGGAACAAAGAAGGAGGGUGCCAAGACGCUUGCAUCUAAAUCCAUUUACACCGUUGAUGCUAUCCCUCAUCAGUGGCUGUUUCCGAAGGUUGAUGCAGCUGUCCACCAUGGUGGUAGCGGUACUACGGGCAUGUCCUUGAGCUGCGGUAUCCCUACUGUUAUCAAGCCUUUCUUUGGUGAUCAGUUCUUCUAUGCACUGCGGGUGACUGAUCUCGGCUGUGGUCUUGCCUUGAAGAAGAUCACCGGCGACGGUUUGGCCAAGGUCUUGGUUGAGGCCACCAGCAACAAGAGCAUCAUUGAGCGUGCCAAGGUAAUCGGAGAGCAAAUCUCGCUUGAAAAUGGUGUUGCCCGGGCCAUCCAGUGUAUUUACCGCGAGCUUCCUUAUGCUCAAUCCCUUGUUCGUCCCCGAAAAGAUGUCGUGUAUAAUCCCCGCCGCAUCGCUCCUACUCUCAGUCGCACUAGUGCAACAGGCGACGACGAGAAGAAGAAAAAGUGGUACAAAGGCGGCAGUCUUUUUGGACGUUGA